UCCCGACCAUCCUGCGAGCGUUGGCUCUUUUCUUUGGCGACCGGACGAGGGAAGCAAGAGCCACCCUCGGGGGCUGCUGCAGCCGCUGCUCUUCCAGGAGCGUCUGCAGGCAGAGCAGGCAGCCAUGGACCGGGGGCUCACCAUCGAAAACCCCUAUGCCAGCGUCACCAUUCCGCGGGCGCAACUGAAGGACGACUUCCUGAGGGAGGACUUCCUGGGGGAGGACUUCAGUCCCAACGUCUUGCCCCCCUGCUCGGCAGCCCCACAGAAAGAGGCAGAUCCAAAGUCUCCCUCUCUGGCUUGGAACGGCCAGAGGAGCCAAGCGCAGGUGGAGUCGCAGGCCAGGCCCACCAACCCCUAUGCCAGCCUCAAGGUGCCCAGGGAAGAGGCUCCGGAGCCCUUCCGCUGGAAGAGCCACGAAGAGGCAGCUCCGGAUCCCGGCUGCUGCGGCUGCUGCGGCUGCUGCUCGCCUUGCUGCAGGAAGUGCUGCUGCGUCGUCUCCUAA